AUGCCACCAAAGACUUGGGUCAUCAUUGGAGCCUCGAGGGGUAUUGGGCUGGAAUUCGUUCGACAAUUAUUGGAACGCGGAGACCAGGUCAUUGCAGCGGUCCGAAACAUCGAGACGGCGAACCAGAUCUGGCAAUUGUCUGGAAAACAGACGAGGCCUGGCAGCUGCUUGAUUGAUCAAUGCGACGUUACAGAUGAGUCAAGCAUUGAUGCAUUCGUUGGUAGGAUGCAAGCCCUGGUGGUGAAGGGGAUGAAACUAGACAACAUCGUGCUGAACGCUGGAGUACUUAGAUAUCCAAAUAGAGCUACCGAGAUAUCGUUCAGUGAUUUUGCUCUGCAUCUUCACACGAACACCAUUGGGCCAAUCAUCAUAGCACAGAAGCUCCUUCGAAUUAGCGCCGAAGCUCCUCCGGCCCGCCUGGUCUUCAUCUCGUCUGAUUCCGGAUCGACUGCAAUGUUUCGAGAGCAUGAAGACGGCUUCGGGGCAUAUGGGGCGAGUAAAGCUGCUUUGAAUCAGAUGCUCAGACACCUUGCGGCGGAACUGAAGAGAAAAGGUGGGCUAUGGGAGGAGGUCUGUGUGUUGGCAAUGCAUCCGGGUGAAGUGCAGACGUAA